CUACGUUGGAGUAUAUAUAUAUACACCGCUUCGUCUUCAAUAUCCUCAUCGUUCUCUUCUUCUGAUUACAAUUACAAUUAACUCAUGGCGUUAACUACAAUUAUAAUUGGUGAAAAAGACAAGCAUGGUAGGAGAAGGAGAAAGCAUGAUUUGUGGGGGGAAAGCGGAGGAGUUUACAUCCCUCCUUUUAAGCUGGCUAGGAGGAUGGAGGAUGCAGAGGACAAAAGCUCAGUGGUAUCCCAAAGGAUGGCGUGGGAUGCUCUUAGGAAGAGUAUAAACGGGGUGGUUAAUAAAGUGACCGCAACAAAUAUCAAGAACAUAAUUCCAGAACUGUUCGCUGAGAAUCUGAUUCGUGGAAGGGGCCUGUUUUGCCGCUCUUGUAUCAGGUCCCAAAUGGCUUCUCCUGGGCUUACUGAUGUUUUUGCAGCAUUGGCUGCUGUUGUUAACACCAAGUUUCCAGAGGUGGGGGAUCUUCUUUUGAGGAGGAUUAUUUUGCAGAUUCAAAGAGCCUACAAACGCAAUGAUAAACCCAGAUUGUUGGCAGCUGUUAAAUUCCUUGCUCAUCUUGUGAACCAGCAAGUAGUUCAUGAGGUAAUUGCUCUUGAACUUGUUUCAGUUUUGCUUGAAAACCCCUCAGUUGACAGUGUUGAAGUUGCAGUUGGUUUUGUUACUGAGUGUGGAUCUAUUCUCCAAAACUUGACUCCGCAUGGAUUGUAUGGUAUUUUCGAUUGAAGGCCUCUUUGCAAUACGUAAAUCAAAGUUUCAGGGUUAUCCUGCUGUUCGUCCGGAGCUCGAUUUGGUAGAGCAGGAGGAUCAGGUGACCCAUGAAAUAUCUCUUCAGGAUGCCAUAGAAGACCAAGAUGCACUGAAUAUUUUCAAGCCUCAUCCCAAUUACUUAGAAAACGAAAAGAAGUAUGAAGACUUGAAAAGGGCAAUACUGGGUGAUGAAUCUGAGGGAGAAGGGGAUUCUGAUGCUGACUCUGCAGAUGAAGAUGAAGAGGAUGAAGACCAUGAAGAACAAAUGAAAAUUACUGACCUGACGGGAACAAACUUGGUCAACCUUCGAAGAACAAUCUAUCUCACAAUUAUGUCGAGUGUAGGCUUUGAGGAAGCAGGUCAUAAACUGUUGCAGAUUAAAUUUGAGCCUGGUCAAGAGAUGGAAUUAUGCAUAAUGAUUCUAGAGUGCUGCAGCCAGGAGAGAACCUACCGCUCUUACUAUGGGCUUUUGGGUCAGCGUUUUUGUAUGAUCAACAAGAUUUACCAGGAGAACUUUGAAAAGUGCUUUGUGCAACAGUACUCAACGGUUCAUCGGUUGGAAACCAAUAAACUGACAAAUGUUGCCCAGUUCUUUGCCCACUUGCUUGGAACAGAUGCUCUGCCUUGGCAUGUUCUGGCUUACAUUCGACUCACAGAAGAAUAUACCACCUCCUCUUCCCGCAUCUUCAUCAAAAUUCUCUUUCAAGAAUUAUAUGAACAUCUUGGGAUUCGGCUUUUGAAAGAACGCCUGAAUGACCAAACAAUGCAAGGGUCCUUUGCCUCUAUUUUUCCAAGGGACAACCCGAAUAACACAAGGUUUGCAAUUAAUUUUUUCACUUCCAUCGGCCUGGGUGGGAUCACUGAGAAUCUCUGAGGGUCCCUCACCAAGAUAAAGGAAAGGAGGAGGCUUUGAUUAGUUUACUCAUGUAGAUUCAUUUUCUUCCCUUUGUUUCUAGAUUAGUAUGAUACUAUGAUGAUGGAUUUCAUUACUGUGCUCUAGCUUGUUGUUAGUUAAAAGUUGCCUGACUAAUAAAUACUUUGUUAGUUAAGAAUUGCACUAUUAUUACUUCGUAUUAAUCAACACUCCAGAUAUUGAACACUAUCAAUUUUACAUACACCUGUUUCGCUUUCAACACUCCAGGAUUCCAG